GAUGUACCUACCUCGGUAGGGCGCCGCGCCAGCGCCUUAAGCUCUGAUGGUGACGUCGUCCAUGACCUCUCUCGACAGCCAACUUUCGCUAGCAGCCCAAACAAACAGCUCACCGAGUACCAGCGUGAUGUUUUAAAUUCACUCUGUCACGUAUAAUAUUCCCUCACGCUCUGAUGGAUGGCCGCCAAGGCUCGGAACAAAAGCGCCCCGAGCGGCCGCAAGCGGAACUGCCACCUUGACGAAACCACGAGGCUUCUGUACAAUAGCAACACAGGCGCCCACCAACUUUUGCCCAACCGCAAACCCAUCACACCACCUUCCAGGUCAUCUGCGUCCUGGAUACCCCUUCGUUUCAUCCUUAUACCAUCUCGAGCAUGCAAUUCGCGAGCGCGCAGAUAAGAGGACGAAAGCAUUCCAGAGACAAACAUGGAUGACGAUAUCCGUAUUCUAGAGCAAGAUUAUUGCCCUCCCUUAGACCCCGCGCUCGUUCACGCCAUCUAUUCCGACUUCUCCGACCAGACGGAUAGCAUACAGCUCGCGAGAGAGCUAUUGGACGGCUUGAAGCAGGCCGCCGCCGCGGAGCAGUUCACCGACUUCGACCCCUCCGGCAGCAGCGGCGAUGCGGUGCGCUCGAGCCCCAGCAAACAGGGCUCCGACGAUGCCGAAUCCAACGCGGAGACGUGGACUACACAGACGACCGUCACCGACUGCACGAGUCUCUCCAGCGACCUGGCUACACUAAGCUUGGGAGGAGGGCCCGGAUCGAGCUCCGAAGAAUCGCUGAACGGCGGCUAUUUCAGGGAUACGGAGGGGUUCGACACGCCGACGAAGGAGCUGGUACUCGCGGAGACGUUCCCCACACUGCGCCCAGACCUCGUUGCGUAUACGCUGAAGAAGUGCGCCGGUGAUUUUGAGAAGGCUACGGAUGAGCUACUCAAUCAUGUCUAUUUUGAGGACGAGCGAGCGAGCCCAGACGAAGAGACACCUGCAACGAAGGGCAUAGAUGCGUUCUCGGAAGAGUACCAUGUACCGCAACGUGGGAGGAAGGGCAAGGGGAAGAGGAGGCAGAAGAACACAUCUUUCUACAACCAUAGCUCAGCCUCGGGUUCAGGAUCAGAUCUGCCGGCGACCCCUCCGACGAACAGAUGGGCUGAGGGCGGACGGGAUGUCGAAUUUCUAUCGUCGCGAACGAAGCUUCCGUCGAAAGCAGUCGCUUCGUUGUAUCACAAAAAUGGCGCCUCUCUUCCAGGUACCAUCAUAGCAGUUAUCAAUAAGGACAUUGCGUCACACGAAAAGGAGGAACCCGACGCUGCUUUGGUUCAGCCUGCGAUCGAGCUUACAGCGGAGUUCCCCAACGUGGAUCUCGAAUAUGCGAUUGCGCUUAUUCGCCUCACAGCGCCGUCGACGGCGAACGCCCACGAGCUUGCAAAAGCCCUAACGAUGUAUCCGAGGACACCGACGUCUAGAGGCGGCGUUGCGGUCAUUCCGCGAUACGCUCCGGUUAACCUAUCUGAAGCAUCUACGCCCGACUCUCAAAGGCUAUCCUCCCUCCCCCCAGCCGCGAUAGUACCCACCGCAGCCUCGCUCACCGCAGCCCGCAACGUAGCCUUUACACAGGCCUCAUCCGCAUACCGCAAGGGCAAAUCGAACCCUCUCAUGAAAGCCGCAGCCGGCUACUACUCGCAAGUCGGCCGCGACUACAACGCCAACCUGCAAGCCAUGAACGAAUCUGAUGCCGACGCGCUCGUAGCCUCGCAGUCCACCCCCACCCUCCUCGACCUCCACGGCGUCAGCGUGCACAAUGCGACCCGCAUUGCGAAAGCCAAGACGCAGGCUUGGUGGGAUGGACUGGGCGAGCAGAGGAUCCCGGGAGGCGGACGGCGUGGUGUGGGUGAGGGGUAUACAAUCGUUACGGGGCUGGGACGGCACAGCGAGGGUGGGAGGGCCAAGUUGGGGCCUGCGGUUGUGAGGGCGCUGGUUAGGGAGGGGUGGAAGGUAGAGGUUGGGAGCGGGGAGUUGGCGGUUAUGGGGAUUGCGAGGCGGAAAUGAAGGCUAUUUUUGGUGAGCUGUAAGGGGUGUUGGGAUUUGGACUGCAUGUGACGAGGCGGAAUGUGAGGCUCGAUCUGUAGAUGCAUGUAAGACCAAGCUCCGCCAAUGUCAUCCUGCUUCUGUUCUUAGUUCCUUU